AUGGCUACCGCUACCAUGCCGACGUUCCACCCAUUUCCACGCCUCCCCUCCGAGCUUCGCAAUCGCAUCUGGGAGUUGACCGUCGAGCCCCGCAUCGUCGAGGUACGCGUGGUCUACCAUCAACCAAACCCUGCCAACGUCAAAGGUUCCGCCGAGCUAGGCGCGCAGGAAGUAGACUGGACCGUCAAGCGGCCGCCGCCGGUUCGCCACCUGCGCUCGCCUACCCCAGUCCCGGCCCAGCUGCAAACUUGCCGUGAGGCCCGCGAGCACCUGACCACACACCCCGUUGCGAAAUAUCGGUACGAGAAAUCCUUUUGCGAGAUCGUUAUGACACGCUACGAGGGGCUGGACCCUGUACCCGAGGGUGACCCGGAGCGGGAGCGCUAUGUCUGGUUCAACUUCGACAUUGACAUGUUCUCCAUCGGGGACACGGAUUUGAACGAGUUCCGCCCUGUGGCCCAUCAGAUCCGCCGGCUGCGGCUUGAGCGGGCCAUCUCGAACGAGUACUUUUCCCGCACAGAGUCGCUGUUGUUUGGCAACAAGUUUAGGAAUCUUGCCGAGGUGUAUUUGAUCUGUUUAGAGGGCAUUAGGUCGGCCUAUGCUGCGACCGAAGAAAUGUACUUCUCCUGCGGACCUGAGAACGUGUAUCUUGUUGACCCAGAAGAGAUGGGUGGGGCGAUGAUGAACAGCGUCGACCUGGACGCUAUGGUGGACGGGGAGUACGAGGAGCUUGGCGAGCAAGGAGAGGAUAGCUGA